UAUAAUUAAAUAAAGUGGAACGAGUGCACAGGGAAAGUACUCAAAGUGGAUUUGGAGUCAAGUGAGAUCAGCAGAGAUAGCUUAAAGCAGAUACAAUUGUGGAGUUCUUUAAUCUGGAAAUGGAUCCAGAGUCGCAGUGCCCGCAGUACGGCGAAGUGAAUCAGCUGGGCGGCGUCUUUGUGAACGGCCGGCCGCUGCCGAAUGCGACGCGAAUGCGCAUCGUGGAGCUGGCCCGGCUGGGCAUCCGACCCUGCGACAUCUCGCGCCAGCUGCGCGUGAGUCACGGCUGCGUUUCGAAGAUACUGGCGCGCUACCACGAGACCGGCUCCAUACUGCCGGGUGCCAUUGGCGGCUCCAAGCCGCGCGUCACCACGCCCAAGGUGGUCAACUACAUACGCGAGCUGAAGCAGCGGGAUCCGGGCAUCUUCGCCUGGGAGAUACGCGAUCGCCUGCUCAGCGAGGGCAUCUGCGACAAGACGAACGUGCCCAGCGUCAGCUCCAUCUCGCGCAUACUGCGCAACAAGCUGGGCAGCAUAGGGCAUCACCAUGGAGCUGGCAGUGCUGGCGCCGGCGGCGCAGCCAUCGGCAUGGGCAGCAACGGCGGCAGCGGAGGCAGCGCGAGCAGCGCUAAUGUGGCCAACGUCAAUGCCGUUCAGCACUCACACUCCGCGCACCAGCAUCACUAUCAUCACCAGCACACGGCAGCCGCGGUGGCGGCCAGCGCCCAUCAUGCGCACGCCCACGCCCAUCUCUACAAUUCCAUCUACCAGCCGUAUAGUGCGGCAGCGGCGUACAGCAUGAAGGCCGUCUCCUGCGGCAGCCCCUCGCCGCCGCAGGCGGGGCAGACGCAUCAGCUGCGCAGCGUGGCCGCCGCCCACUGGCCCUCGUCGCACUCGGUGACCGACAUUCUGGCGCACCACCAGGCCGUUGCCCUGCGCGCCAGCUGCCAGGGCAACACGGUGUCCCCGUUGCCCAUGACGCCGUCGCCGGUGGGCGCCGCCAACGGGGGACAGCCGCUGCUGGACUGCGAGGGCGGGGCGGCACAGCAGCCGCCCUACAACUACUACAUGUACUUUCAAAAUGGCGGCAUGCACCACCACCACCACCACGGCGGCAUGAUGACGGCCGGGGCGACCGGCUUAUGAGGCAACGGCCCAUCCUAGUUCCUCCCGGUUCGGUUAUUGUCAGUUGGACUGGUUUCGAAUCGCGUCCAACUGUGAGUGAGUGCAGCUCGAAUUGUUAGUCAGGCAUGAGUGAAGGGUUUAACUACAAUAUAAAUAUACAUAUACAUAUAUAUAUAUACAUACAUAUAUAGGAUAUAUAUAUUCAUAACAUAUAUGAUUAAUAUAUGGAAUUAGCUUAGGACUUUAGACUAAGGAUCGCACUUGAAUAUCAAACUAACACUUAA